UAUCGCCCCGUUGCUCUUUUAUGCUUUUCGAACAUGAGGUCGCAAAUAUCGGGCUCUUUUUUAAGGCACGGGCAUCUGCCCAUACGACAGGUGAAUUGUUAUCGACGUCUCUUCCGUUUCGCGUCUUGUCGGGUCUUCCUCGUCGAAUCUUUUUUUCAGGAUGAUUGCUCGUACGUUUGGCAAGUUUCCGCCGAGGAGCGAUGCAAAUGGGUGAGGAACACCGAAGACUGUUACUCCAACUCGGUGAUUCAGUACACAGUGCUGUUGUUCUGCUUCUUCAAAUCCGAAGACGUAGCGCUGUUUGCCGGCGGCUUGGCUCUCUUACUUUUAUGGCUUCUCUAUUUGUUUUUGAUCCUGGGAACCACGGCGGAUAAUUUUUUUUGUCCGGCUUUGGCGGUAAUAGCCAGUAUAAUGCGUCUAUCGGAUAACAUAGCGGGAGUGACGAUAUUGGCAUUCGGAAACGGCGCGCCUGACAUCUUCACAUCCCUCGUGUCGAGAGGCGAAGGAGAGAUAAUGAUGUUUACUGAAUUAAUCGGCGCGGGUGUCUUCGUGACUGCCAUGGUCGCCGGUUCCGUCGCGAUAAUUAAACCCUUUAAAGUUUCGCUCGAUUCCCUCAUGAGAGACGCCUGUUUUUAUAUGUUUUCCGUGUGCUGGAUCAGCUACGUGGUUUGGGACGAAAUGAUUCAUCUCUGGGAGGCCGCAAGCUUUAUUCUGAUAUACGCGGUCUUCAUCGUGAUAAUCGUGAUAAUGCAAAUGUGCGAGACUAGAGAAGAGAAUCUGAAAACCAGGAUCCCAAGUGUACCCGAUCCAGACGUCCUGCAUACUUACUUGGCGAAUAGGGACACAGGCGCCAUUCCCAAGAUUCCCCCUAGAAGCCGACCUUUUGGCUUACGUGCCAAGCUAGAUAUUGCCGUGGCAACGGAGGUGGAGAGAUCCAAAAUACUGGGCGAUCCCAUCCAGCUGAGUCCGGAAAUUAGCGACCACGUUUUCGAGCGACCAAAGGGUCUUUUUAGAGAAUUUUUGUACGACGUCAAUCCGAUUUCUGCGGAGGAAUGGAAGAAAUCCGGUAUAUUGCUUAGAACUGUCUUGGUUGUACGUUCGCCCGCAAUGUUUUUACUACAGUUAUCCAUACCGGUUGUGGAUCCGACCGCGACGAAGAACGGCUGGUCGAAGUUACUGAAUUGCUUUCAGUUAUGCGUGACACCUACCAUAGCGCUAUUUCCGCUCGAAAUUUGGGAAACGACUUUCGGCAAUGUGCCAAUAGUGGCGAUAUUCCUCGCUGCCGGCGCCGUAAUUGGCGUAAUUGUAUUUCUAACGACGCACGCGGACCGUGUGCCGAAGUUUCAUAAUGCGUUCGCGUUCUUGGGAUUUUUGGCUGCCAUGUUGACGGUUUAUCUGGUGGCUGGGGAGAUCAUGGCGGCACUCCAAUGCAUAGGAUACGCGUGCAGCAUAUCCGACGCCAUGUUGGGUAUCACUUUUCUUGCGUGGGGAAACAGCAUUGGAGAUCUCAUAUCGAAUGUCGCCAUUGCCAGACGUGGAUUUCCGCGCAUGGGAUACGCAGCUUGUUUCGGCGGUCCGAUGUUUAACACUCUAUUGGGACUGGGGCUAAAAUACAGCAUCGCUACCGCCACCGAUCCCGAACAACAGACGAAGAUCAGGAUCAGCGAUAUGGCGCCCGGUUGCCUCGCUUUCCUUCUCUGCUCGCUGGUGGCCACUGUACUUUACUUGAACAUUACGGGAGCUAUCGCGCGUCAGUCUUACGGCGGUCUCCUCUACUCCAUCUACUUUAGCUUCAUUCUCAUACAAUUUCUAAGCGAGCUGCACGUCAUACAUCCGCUCGGCACUGACCACAGACCCGACAUAUAGAACUUGUUUAAUGCCACAA